UCACCAGCUGCUUUCCGUUCUUUAUCUGGGAAGAUUCCGCUGCAGUGCGCGCUGUGCCCGCCAGGGGGCGCUAUGAGAGCGGCCCAUUGCCAGCGCCUGCCGGAGCCGCGUACGGGAUGCUCCGGGGACAGCGUCGGCUAUGGGAUGAAUAGGGUGCAGCGUUGGAUACAGGAUGCCCGAGAAGCAGCAUCAGUCGUUGAGGAGACCAACCCUUCUGUUUUGCACCCCCAAUCUCUGGGGAAGGCUGAACAACGAGAGAACAAAAGGAGGAUAGAGAUGGAGGUGCAUAACCCCGUGGUGGUGUUGAGAUAGGGAAGGGUGCUCUGUAUCACACACUGGGAGACAGCAAGAGACAGCAAGGGACACCAGGGUUAGCAGGGAGCCAGGAUGGGUGCCGAAACUACAGGGAAGGGGACGUGGGCACAACUGUGCCUACGCAUCUGGACAACACUUUCAGGCACAUGGUCUGAUUUUUGGAUGGCCCUGUGUAGAGCCAGGAGUUGGCCUCAAUGAUCUCGAUGGAUCCCUUCUAACUCAGGACAUUCAGUGAUUGUGUGAACUCACCAUCUCUUGCUGUUGCUGCUGCUCCUGAGCUUUCCUCAAGCUGAUUCCGAGAUACUGAAUUCAGCCCUGCUCUCCUGGAUGGUGGGAGUGAGAAAUAACUAAUUUCUUGGAGACCAGAUCUCUUGUGAAAAUGUUUUAACUCAUGAUUGCAAUGGUAGGCGUCCUGCAAGCAGGAGCUCACACUUCUUUAAGCACAGCGCGCCGUAGAAGCAAAGGGCGGCCCGGAACCUUCGUGCGGCGGAACCAUUGCGCUGCGGCUGCGGGGAAGGGACGGGGAACGGACCGGGGAACGGAUUGGGGGACGGACCGGGCAGCGAUGGCGGCGGACGGGCAGCGCACGGAGCGAGGCUCGGGGGUGCUGGAGCUGCCCAGCGCGCCGCGCUUGGUGUGCGUGGAAUAUCCGGGGCUGGUGCGGGAUGUCGGCGCGAUGCUGCGGACUCUGGGAGGAGAGGAAGGGGUGUCGCGGAUCUACGCCGACCCCGGCAAAAGAUUGGAGCUGUAUUUCCGCCCCAAGGACCCCUACUGCCAUCCCGUGUGUGCCAACCGCUUCCCUGCCUCCGCCAUGCUGCUGAAGGUGAAGAGGAAGACCAGGAGGAAGCGGAUGGGUGCGGAGGAGCAGGACGUGCAGUUUGAAAUGGAAAUUAUGGGGAUCGUCACGACGGUUUACAAAUUUCAAGGAAUGUCAGAUUUCCAGUACCUAGCGAUGCAUUCUGGUCCUGAUGGCAAACAAACCUCCAUGUAUGACAAAGUCCUAAUGCUCAAGCCAGAGAAGGAAGAAUUUUUCAAUAGGGAAUUACCUCUGUACAUCCCUCCACCAAUUUUCUCACGACUGGACACUCCUGUUGACUAUUUCUAUCGGCCAGAUGUCCAACACCGGGAUGGCUACAACAAUCCCCAGGUGUCAGCUGAGAACCUCAUUGGCCUCAGCAGGGCCCGGCGCCCCAACAAUGCCAUCUUUGUGAACUUUGAUGAUGAAGUGCCAACCAAACCACUGGAUGCUGCUGCACAGGCCUGGAAGAAAGUGUGCACCAAUCCUGUGGAUAGGAAGGUGGAGGAAGAGCUGAGAAAACUCUUUGAGGUUCGUCCAGUCUGGUCUCGAAAUGCAGUUAAAGCAAAUAUCAGCGUCCAUCCAGACAAGUUGAAACUUCUGUUGCCUUGUUUGGCCUACUACAUGAUAACAGGUCCUUGGAGGAGCUUAUGGGUUAGGUUUGGGUAUGACCCUAGAAAACACCCUGAAGCAAAGAUUUAUCAAGUACUGGACUUCCGAAUUCGCUGUGGAAUGAAAUAUGGUUACACCCCUAAUGAUAUGCCAGUGAAAGCAAAACGCAGCACAUAUAACUACAGCCUGCCCAUCACUGUCAAAAAGCCAGUAAGUCAUACAGUCAGUGUACAUGAUCUGAAGCAGGGACUUGGUACUCCUGGUGCAUCUGGUGCAAAAAAGCCUGCCUCCAGCAGGUAUAAACUGAAGGAAUCAGUCUAUGUUUUCCGAGAAGGAGCCUUACCCCCUUAUCGCCAGAUGUUCUAUCAACUCUGUGACUUGAACGUGGAAAGCCUACAAAAAAUCAUCCAUCGGAAUGAUGGUACAGAGUCAGAAUGCACGGAGCGGGAUGGAUGGUGCCUUCCAAAGACUAGUGAUGAUCUGCGAGAUAGCAUGUCCCUGAUGAUAAAGCAGAUAAUCAGAUCCACAAGACCUGCUCUUUUCUCAAGUACAACAAGCAGUGAAGAUGGCAAAGAACAGCUGGCAUAUGAGUCUGGAGAGGAUGAGGAUGAUGAAGAGGAGGAGGAAGAAGACUUCAAGCCUUCUGAUGGGAGUGAAAAUGAAAUGGAGACAGAAAUCCUAGACUAUGUGUGAACUCAGUGAGUAGCUGCUGGACAGAAUUUUCUUGGCUCUUGUUCCUUCAGUGCUGAUGUUUAAGUAACCAUACACAGGGUGUGUGAGAGCAGAACUUGCACUAAGUUGCUCACUACCUGUCUGCACUGACUGUGGUGCCUGCUGAUGGCUGUCAUUCUGGAUGUUCAGGCACCAUGGCCCACACAGUGUCUGGGUGAGGUGCUCUGAGAUAUGGUUUAGUAGCUGUGGUAGUAAUGGUGAUGGGAGGACAGUUGGACUACAUGAUUCUUUUCAACCUUGUGAUUCUAUUAUUCUAUUUUUAUAAUUGUUGGAUAGUAAGCCUUCAGAACAUUGCCACCAUGGAAAUAACAGGUUUCUUGCCAGGCUCCAACUGGUAUCUACUGUAGCAGCUCAACAGUUUCUCAAGAAAAGAGAAUUGAAACCAGCUGGCAAUACACCUUAAAAUAGGAGAAACUGUGUUCCCAAAUCUCUGUAAGAAAUACACCUUGUCUGGGUUGAUGGCCAUGUGGAAAAUUAAAAAAAUGGUUUGAAGAAGUUACCAUUCAGUUAUAGAAAUAAAAGAACUGCUGGCAUGUUCUAAGUCUUGUGCAUUCCCCAGUGUGUUACAAGUGGAAGGUUCAUCAUUAGUAGCUGAUAACUGUUCUAA